UUUCUCAUUCAUCAUGAAAAUCGGUCGCUCGCAUUUUAGUCUUACAAAUAUUCAUUGCUAAAAUGUGCUAAAAAAAAGUGUUUAGUUAAUAAUAGUGCAUAAACUUGUGCUCGAGUUAUGUGUGUAUGCCGUUGUUAUGUUAGCUAGGUGCGACACGUAGCGGAAAUGUGUGAAAAACGUACACGAAAAAAAUGAAAUCAAGCCCAAAAUACGUCGCUAACGGUGGGGGGAAAGAGGAUGAUGGCCAAACAUAGCCACAGCGAAAAACGUCAAAUAAAAAGUGACACGCAAAACAAGCCCAAUAUGCAAUUAUAUUCAAAAUAAACGAGCUAAAUAAUAUAUAUAUAUACAAAGAAAAAUUCGUAAACACGACGAAAAUAACAGCAACAACAACAAGAAUAAUUUAACAACUGCACCUGUGUUGGUGGUGCCUGUAUAUGUGUGUGCUUCUGUCGUCGCAUCACACACAGUAGCUGGAUUGUUGCUUUUGUUGUUUGGGGUUGAAAGCUGCAUAACGCGUGACGUACGUGUGACAGUGUGUGUACCCAACCCCCUACACACAAACACAUACAGACACGCUCACACCAACAACAACAGACUCCUACCCACACUCGAAUGCGUAGUUAGGAGGAAAGAAGAAGAAGCCAACACAGAGACUAGGAAAUACAGAGAGAAAAGACAACGACGACAACAACAACAACAAAAAUGAUGGACAACGAUGACACAAUGCUCAAUAAUUGUGGACCACAGUCGGGCGCUGAGACAGUCUAUGGCACCGAGGACAACAAUAUGGUCAUGUCGGAGAAGAAUGAAGAGGUUGUCAGCAUUGUGCAGCAGCUGGCUGGCAGCAUUUAUCAGGAGUUCGAGCGAAUGAUCAAUCGCUAUGACGAGGAUGUGGUUAAGAACCUGAUGCCACUGCUCGUGAACGUGCUGGAGUGCCUGGAUGCCUCCUAUCGCAUCAAUCAGGAGCAGGACGUGGAGGUGGAGCUGCUACGCGAGGACAAUGAACAGUUGGUAACACAAUAUGAGCGAGAGAAGAGCGCACGCAAACAGUCUGAGCAAAAGCUGCUGGAGGCGGAGGACCUAGCCGAGCAGGAGAACAAAGAGCUCGCCAGCCGACUGGAGGCCCUGGAGAGUAUUGUGCGCAUGCUGGAACUAAAACACAAGAACAGCGUUGAGCAUGCCAGUCGCCUGGAGGAGCGUGAGGCGGACCUCAAAAAGGAGUAUGCCAGGCUGCAUGAACGCUACACGGAACUGUUCAAGAACCAUGUGGACUACAUGGAACGCACCAAAAUGCUGAUGGGUUCGACUCACUCCCAAAUGAGCAAUGCCUCCGAUCGCAUGGAUGUGAGUCGGGCUCGACUCAAUCCAGUCGCGCGUAGCUCUGGCCCCGUCUCCUACGGUUUUGCCUCUCUGGAGAACUCUGUAAUGUUGGAUACGGAGACGAUUUGCAGUGCGGGCAGUCAGUCGGAUGACUCGGGACCGCCAUCGCUGCAGAAUGAACUGGACAAUUUGGCUAGCAGCGUCGAACGUGCCGGUGCAGCAGAUGCGCUUGCCGGCUCGCCACAGAGUCCAGACAUGAGUCCCGUUGUGCCAAAUGUGCCCGCAAAUGUUGGUCGUUCGACUACCAAAAAGGAGCACCGCUCGGACAAUAAUCUCUACCAAGAAUUGUCCUUCCCGGAUAACGAAGAGAGCGAAGAGAAUGAGAUUGUUACAGGCAGCUGGGUACAUCCCGGAGAGUACGCAUCCUCAGCUAACGACAACUAUUUUGGCAUGGGCAAGGAGGUGGAGAAUCUCAUCAUGGAGAACAAUGAGCUGCUGGCGACCAAAAAUGCACUCAACAUUGUCAAGGACGAUUUGAUUGUCAAAGUGGAUGAGCUGACGGGUGAGAUAGAAAUUGUGCGCGAAGAGCUGAAUGCCAUGCAACAGUCGCGUACGAAGCUCAGGCAGCGCAUCAGCGAGCUGGAGGAUGACCUCAAGAAGACCAAGGAACAGGUGAAACAACAAAACACCGAGCAGGAGGAGAAUGAUGUGCCGCUGGCUCAGCGCAAACGCUUUACUCGUGUGGAAAUGGCCAUGGUGCUGAUGGAGCGUAAUCAGUACAAGGAGCGGCUGAUGGAGCUGCAGGAGGCGGUGCGCCUUACAGAAAUAUUGCGCGCAUCGCGCACUGUUGAUAAUUUGGACAAGAAGUCGAAGCAGAGUAUUUGGAAAUACUUUAGUAAUCUUUUUACCCCCUCCAAUCGUCCGACGGAACGCGUCGCUGACGGCCUUGGAGGGGGGCCUAUGUUUCGUCACACAGGCGGAGGAAGCCCUGCCCACAGCCAUGGAUCACCUAGCCGUGGAGGAGGCGACAAUCGCCUUGCCCUAACCGGUGGGCAGCCAAUGCCGCAUCCGGCUAGCGCCGGUCUUGCCAAUGCUUUAAUCAUGGCCAAGGAUUAUGCGGAGGAGGGCACUUCGGAGCGUAUCAGCGCCAGGCGGCGCGAACAAUAUCGACAACUGCGCGCCCAUGUGCAAAAGGAGGACGGACGCCUGCAUGCGUACGGCUGGAGCUUGCCCAUUAACAAAACCAAUCUAGAUGCCAAUCCGAGUCGUCAUUCGGGCGGUGUGCCCGUGCCUGUUUAUUGCAAUCCGCUGGCGGAGGCAUCGCCGCACAUGAAAGUGUUUUGCGCGGCCGGUGUCAAUCUGCAGGGUGGCUUCACCAAGGAUGGCCAAUCGCUGAUACCCGCCAACUCGCCCUAUGCGCCGCACUCCACCCUCAAAAUAGCGGAGAUCACAAGUCCAACAGCGGAGCAGAGUGCCGAGGCGCUGGAUCGCCAAAUGGCCCGUGCCUGCCUCGAAACGCUGGAGCCCGAGACGCAGCUCAGUUCGUUUGUAUGGAUCUGCACAAGCACACAUGCCGCCAGCACUGUCAGUGUUGUGGAUGCGAAUCAGUCGGCCACAGUGCUGGAUGCUUUUCCGAUAUGCGCAUCGCAUCUGCUGUGCAUUGCAUCCGUGCAGGGCGCCAUGGAGAGUGACUAUGCCCUGCUCGAGCAAUCUGAGGUGGUCAAGGCGGGUGAGAUGCUGCAGCGGCCAGGCGAGGGCACCGAGCUGCUCGGCAAGGUGGAGUUUGUGCGUGUCCGACCCAAAGCGGAUCAGAACAGCAACAGUAAACAGAACUCAAAAGAGGACGCUGAGGAGGAGGUCGUAGCGGUUACUGUUGUUGUUGGCGUGGCCGAGGCCAAAGAGGCGACAGAGAAAUCCAAUGAGCAGCUGCCCGCUGUGGAUGCCAGCGAACCGCUGGGCAAUGUAGAGGCCAUUAAAAUACGUCAGGCGUUGCCGGGAGCACCGCGGCGACUGAUCAGCAACUCCGAAAAUAGCAGCAAUCAUGUCAACAACAAUAACACCAACGGAGGCAGCAAUGUGCCAUUGGGCAUUAAUUCACUGAAUCCCAUACUGGGCACCAAGGAGCGCGAGGAUCCGGUCAUGAGUUCGGUGGGUCCCACUAUGUGGUUGGGCGCCCAAGAUGGUUGGCUGUACGUGCACAGCAGUGUGGGACGGUGGCAUGAGUGUCUGCACCGGGUGCUCCUGCCCGAUGCUGUGCUGGCGAUUGUGCAUGUGGAGGCGCGUGUUGUUGUUGCGCUGGCCAAUGCUCAGUUAGCCGUGUUCCGCCGCCAAACAGACGGCCAAUGGGAUCUGAAUAGUUAUCACCUGGUUACGCUCGGUGAUCGCAAUCAUUCGAUACGUUGCCUCUGUGUGGCCGGCGAGCGCAUUUGGGCUGCGCAUCGCAACAAAAUCUUUAUUGUUGAUCCCAUAUCGCUAAACAUUGUACACUCGCUAGACGCGCAUCCGCGCAAAGAGAGCCAGGUGCGCCAAAUGGCAGCCACUGGCGCCGGCGUCUGGGUAUCCAUACGUUUGGAUUCCACACUGCGGCUGUACAAUACGCAUACGUUUGAGCACAAGCAGGAUGUGGACAUUGAGCCGUAUGUGUCCAAAAUGCUAGGCACCGGCAAGCUGGGCUUCAGCUUUGUGCGCAUCACAGCGCUGAUGGUGUCCUGCAAUCGCCUCUGGAUUGGCACCAGCAACGGUGUCAUCAUCUCUGUGCCGCUGGCCGAGACUCAGCAAAAGUCAUCUGAUCCCCAUGGCCAAAUGCCAUUGUGCUGCAUGGCCAAUGCUCAACUGUCCUUCCAUGGCCAUCGCGAUGCAGUCAAGUUCUUUGUAUCGGUGCCCAUGCUGCAGCAGCCGAAUGGCACACUCACCUUCAGCAAUAAGCGCCCCGAUAUGUUGGUCAUGUGCGGCGGAGAGGGUUAUAUUGAUUUUCGCAUAAGUGACAAUGACAUGGAGAACAGUAUACAACUGGAACCAAAUCAAACAAUCGAAAAUCGAGGCGAUAAAAGUUAUUUGAUUGUGUGGCAUGUUAGUCAACGUUAAAACUAAUUUGUUGUUUUAAGUGAAAUAUUUAUAAAAAAAAACAAGUUAUACAUAUAUAG